AAUCAAUGCAAACUUCAAACAAACGUCAAAUGAUUUAAUUAAUUAAAUUGUACCUACCUACAUACCUUACCUACUUACCUACAUGUAAUAGCUACGUACUUACGUUUAUUUCUUUUUCGUUAAUUUAAUUUAAUUUAGUUUUUUUGGUAUAUUCUUUUCUUAAUCAAUUGUUUUUCUUUUUGUCGAUACGGUUCAAAUAAAUGACUAAACUGUCAAUUUUGACCGUUGGCAUUUUUAUAUUAAGAAACCCUCGAUAAACAUUCAAACAAGUUUUAAUAAUUACUAAUGCUCUGUUUCUUCUUACAUCACUUUGAUUCAUUAUUUUAUUCAUAAUGAGUGAGCAUUCUGGCGAAGAAAGCAAAAUAAAUUCAAACACUGCAACAACUAUACUAAAAUCAGUCGACAAAGAUUUAUUGGCUGGUCGAAAGAAAGGCAGCAUCAAGGAAUACUUCAGUCCAAGGAAUAUUGUGACUAAGAAGAAAAAUUCAUCUAAAUCUAUUCAAGUAAAUUUAGAUAAAUGGAUCUCAGAGAACGACUUGUGCCUUGAAGUUCCUUCUGAAACCUAUUGGAAAGUUGUUGCAGAAAAGAGAAGGAAAGCUUUAGCUGAAGCUUUGAAUGAAAAUGAAAUUUUACAUAAAAGUCUUUCUUUGUUGACAGAAGAAAACUUAAAAUAUAAGAAACUACUUGAUGAAGCAAAUAGUUUCAUUGAAGUGUGCAAAGAGUUAAUGUCAGACACUGCUGAUGAUACUGGCAUUGAAAUAGAUGAUACUAAAAUAUGCAAUGGCACUAUUGAAAAUGGAAUUGAACCAAUAGAAUAAGCAUUACUCCUUAUCAUAAUAAAUCAUUAUAACUGAUCCAAAGACAAAUACAGCUUGAAUAAGAGAUCUAUGCUGUGGUUUGUGAAAUAAAUAAACCA